UGGCAGUUUCGUGCAUUGUGGGAGCGGAUUGAGAAACAUGGCGGCGCGCAUCAUUGCCCGGUGUGUCCGAUCCUUGAACCAGCGUUCUUUGUAUUUUAACCGUGUAAAUACUGCAGCGACAUUAACAGCAGCCCCGCUCACUCAUGGCCGAACAUUUUCACAUCUGACUAAUGGACACAAGUCUUCGCUGGCGCAGAUCUCUGGUGGUUCAUUUCAGGUCUUUCAGCGGAGGCAGUAUGGUGACUUGCCCCCAUUGAGCCUAGAGACUAUCCGUGACCGUGUCCUCUACGUCCUGAAGCUCUAUGACAAGAUCAACCCAGAGAGGCUUCAGGCUACGUCCCACUUCAUGAAGGAUUUGGGCUUGGACAGUUUAGACCAGGUGGAGAUCAUCAUGGCUAUGGAAGAUGAAUUUGGUUUUGAGAUCCCCGAUGGCGAGGCAGAGAAGUUGAUGACACCACAUGAGAUUGUUCAGUACAUCGCAGACAAGAAGGAUGUCUAUGAAUGAGCAUACAUAUGCAUUAUAAAAAUCAUCCUAUCAGAUGACAGAGACCAUGGAGGUUUUGUCAUGAACUGUUUGUUUCUGCUGUUCUUCCUCAUUCUUUAUUCUUUUUGUAUUUAGAUACAUGUUUAAAUCCGUGUUCAUAAUUUUGUCUGUAGCCGCUUGUGAUCUGCAGGUCUGCAGCAUUCUGUGCUAGAUGCAUGCACAAGCUCCUCGUUCAAACAAUAAGAGCUUGGAAAUAAUGUCAAUAAUUCAAAUAAAUACUACAAUAAUAAAGACUUUAAAUCAC